UACAUAUGGGAUAGAACGAUUGGGUUUCGUUUUCUGUACAGUUUUCCUCCGAUGCCUGUCUCUCUUUCUCGCGCUUUGUCAGCGUUUUUGCUUUGAUAUUUUAAAGGUGUGCAAAGAAAACUUAACUAAAACUGCACGCAUCAGCACACCCGAAAUAGAGCGGCUGUGAGAAAGAAAGAGGGAGUGAGCGGGAUAGCUACACUGUGUGGAAGAGAGCGAGUGGAGCACGUAGCCGCCCUAGCCCCAGCACGCACACAUACACGCGUACUAUCAGCAGACGGGAAGGCAGACGGCAGUGACAAUUGAGCAGCGCCGGCGUAUUCCCAGUUUCGUCUCCGUUCGGAGAAAAGUGAGCACAAAAGUGAGCCGCUUAUGAAUAUAGAGGCAGCCGCCCUGUCUCUGACUGUUUUUUUUUUCGUCUCUUCUUGAGUGUGCGGUGCAAUUUCAUGCCGACCAAUGUCGCAUAAAUGGUUUUUGUGGUGUAGCUUUGUAUAUGUGCGUAUGUGUGUGUGUACGAUUGAAGGAGUGUGAAGCAAGAGAGGAAGGAGGCAGCAGUGGGAAAAAUGGCACAAAUGAAUUUCUCGCAAUCGAUUCACGAAACACACACACAUACACACACACAUACACAUAUUUGCUAAAACCGGCGGCUAUCAACGCGACAGACAGACGGUGUUCUCACUCUUUCGCUCUCCUUCUUUAUCUCUCUCUCUCUUUCACUCCUGCUCUGACAUUUCCACAAGACGUCUAGGACGGCAUUUAAAUGGACAAGGGAGAGAAAGCACCAAUCGGUCGCUUCUCGUCCCUUUCUUCCCUUCUUGGUGGUUUUGCCUCUCCUGCGUUUGCUCGGAAUAUGGAUGAAUUAAUGGGGGAGCCGCCUUGCACUUAGAAGCCUUCGCUAUUUCUUGUUUAUGUGACUGUGUGUGUGCGGCUUGCAUGUUUUCUGUGCAAUUAACAACGUUUCGUGGUAAUGUGUUAUUUUUUUGUUUUGUUUUGCUUGGUAACCGGGCUGGAAUAAAAUGUUGUACAAACGCUUUUCCCGAAUGUUUGCCGCAUCGUGUGCGAGUUGUCAGUGCUCAGUUUCUCCCUGUUUCUACGUAGCGUAAUAUACAAUCGCCAUAUUACACGAUCAACAGCAGCGUGGAAAUUGUUCCCACUUUUCCAGCGAUAAAAAUCAAUCCGUUCGUGCGCUGCCGUCGAAAUCCAUGCAUCGUCCAUAUGUGUCGAAUUCCGUUCUAGCUUCCCUGCGUUCGCGCUCUCUUUCGCUCGUUAUCGUUCUCUCUCUCUCUCUCUUUCUCUUCUCGCUCUCAUUCGCUCCCUGUUCUCACUCACAGCUGAAGCUGCUGGCCGUUAGUGAGCCGCCCGUGUCUGUGUCCGUUCGUACGUUCGUUUCUUUUUGACAAUUCUCCGCACACAGAUCGGUCGGGGUCCGAGAGACUUUUUUGCCCGAGAUGGCAGACAGCCGCUUAUCGAUCGCUAUCUCUCGCUCUUGCCAUGUACCAUCAAAGCCCGCACCAGUGAUGUGUUCUAAAUUUUGCCAAUAGGAAGCUGUAUUUGGUGGUCCCGUGGUUUUGUUCGCGCGUGUGUACGUGGUGUAUCGGUGUGUGGGAAGGGUGGCUUUUAUGGUGUACGUGUGUGUGUGUGUGUGUGUGUCGUAUAUCCAUUUAUGUACAAUCGAAGAAGCCGUUUUUGCUCGACUGAAACAAUUUGUUUGUGUGCUUUACACGGGGGCCGUAAAAAAUAUCAGCUCGACCGAAAGGCAAAGGAAACGACAGUAGUUACGCAAAUGUUGCUCAGAACAUCGUCGUAGGCAGCCAAACCGAGCCUCCGGACGCGUGUGUGCCUCCCGUGUACCGAUUGCCCCCCGACACGCUCGAACGAGCCUCCGCGGUGCCGGUUGCCAGCAGCCAAAUCUGCCAGCGGAAAUAACCAACAACCCCACCCUUCCGCUCACUGCCGGUUCGGACGCGCUCGCACACGAACACACAGGGCACUCGCUGCAGCGCCGGUGCCGACAGCAAAACGGUCAGUGGUGGCGGCUGCGGCAGAGCAAACCGACGACGACGGUGGUGCACGCAGCGCGUCGGGCAGGCGGCGGACGGCAGCGGCGAGCAGGCGGCGGACGGCAGCGCAACUGCACCGGCGGCGCACGGCAGUGACGGGCGUUGGCGGGCAGCGUCGUGCCGCUAGGAUUGCCGGUCCGUCCAGCAGCAGGAAGCAGCAGCGGCACCACGCUGGAGCAGAUACGAAGGCGAAACCGUCGUCGUCGUCGUCAUCGUCCUCGCCAUCCCGAGCAGCAGCAGCAGCAGCAAGCCCCGCACCAGCAACAACAGCAGCAGCACAGUCGGCUGCGGGUGGCUGCGUAACAGCGGCAUCAUCCUGUUGCGCCGUCAUCAACCCGCCACCACUACCACCACCACCGCCACCCACACGACCCGCUGGAGGUGGAGGAGGGGGAGGAGGAGGAGGGGGCGGAGGGGGUGCGACCGAAGCGUCGUCCUGUGACGACGGUACAGGUAUCACCAGCAGCAGCAGCAGCAGCAGCGCGAAAAUGGUGGUAGCGUCGUCCGGGCACGCAUCGGGCAGUGCCGCCGGCGGACAGCAGGCCCAGGCCCGAAGCAGCAGCCAGCACCUGCACAAGCUGGCCCAGGUCGCCAGCCCGGGCACGGGCAUGACGCCGAAGGAGCUGUCCGACAACGACGAUCUCGCCACCGGGCUGGUGCUCGACACCAUACUCGGCUUCCAGACGCACAAGAUGAGCCUCAAGUACCGGCCGCUCAAGGCGAACAAGGACGAGAUCAAGAACAUCAUCGAGGAGUUUAUACGGACGCAAAACUACGGCAAGUGCUACCAGCAGCUGAUGAACGGCAACUGGAUGCCGCGUUCCGUGCUGAACAAGAACAAGCUGGCCCUGAAGCGGCUGGAAGCACACAUCUAUCGCUACCUAAGGGUGUUUGAUCAGCAUUCCGGCUUCGUGAUCGAGGCGUGCUACCGCUACUCGCUCGAGGGCCAGAAAGGUGCCAAAAUCUGCUCCACCCGCCGCUGGAUGAAGAACGAAAAGAUCGAGUGCCUGGUCGGGUGCAUCGCCGAGCUGACGGAGCGCGAGGAGGCCGACCUGCUCUACCCGGGCCGGAACGACUUUUCCGUGAUGUACAGCUGCCGGAAGAACUGCGCCCAGCUGUGGCUGGGCCCGGCCGCCUACAUCAACCACGACUGCCGGGCGAACUGCAAGUUCGUGGCGACCGGGCGCGACACCGCCUGCGUGAAGGUGCUGCGCGACAUCGAGGUGGGCGAGGAGAUCACCUGCUUCUACGGCGAGGACUUUUUCGGCGACAACAACUGCUACUGCGAGUGCGAAACGUGCGAGCGGCGCGGGACGGGCGCGUUCGCGGCGCGCGCCCGCCUGCUGGAGGAGGGCGGCAGCUCCGCCCUGUACAACGGGGCGGGAGUGGGCGGCAGCGCGGGCGACGCUGGGUGCGGCGUGGUUGGGACCGGCGCAGGAAGCGAUGUGAACGGGACGGGCGCCCGUCCCCGCUACGAUCCUUGUCUGGUGGGGGGCGGUGUGAACGGGCCGAGCGGCGGUGUGGUGGUGGGCGUCGUCGGCACCGCCAACGGUGGCGUGCGGUACCGGCUGCGCGAGACGGACAAUCGGCUGAACCGGAUGAAAAACAAGCGCAACAAUGGGGCGGGCGGGGGCGAGGGGGGCCCGAAGGCGGUGACCGCGAUUGGGAAGGAGCCGCCCUCCGCCCUCAGCCUGCUGACGGUGCGCGAGCUGCGCGACAAGGGCAUGACCAAGUACGAUGCGGAGAUGCUGCUCGCGCAGCAAAAACCGUACUGCACGAAUGCGACCACGCUGGCACCGGCGCUGCCACCGGUCGCUGGUGGUGGUGGUGGUGGUGGUGGUGCGGGUGGUCGUGUGCCAGCGGGGACCGCUGCACCCGCUCAGCACAGUGCCGACACGGCGGGCGAGGACGAGGCGCCUGGCAGCAAGAAGGUGACGGAGAAGAGCGAAGCACAGAUGAAGCGAGCGACCCGGUCGUCGACCUGCGGCAGCACAAAGCCACUGAUAGUGCCAGGCGGCUCCGCCGCCGCCGCCAGCAAGCCCGAGGAAGGUGCGAAAGCGCAGGAAAAGAAGCGAGACAGCAGCGCGCACGAGGGGGCGAAUGGGAAGGUGGCACCGCCGGGCAAGAGCAAUCCCCGCCGACGGUACAGCAGCUACAGCAGCGCCAGCACGGAGCUGUCGAGCGUGUCGACCGAGCGCAAGCCGCAAUCCACGGACCGUCGACAGCAGCAGCAGCACGAAACCAAACGCAAGCGGAAAAAGGAACCGGCGGAGCACGGGCAGCGGCAGCGGGCUGCCUCCGUAGCGCCGGGGAAGGGCCGGGCCCGCUCGAAGGAUCCGGCCGACGAGAUCAUCGUCAUCGACGACGAGUGCAGCAACGGCAGCAGCAGCGUGCAGUCGGGCACGGACGCGCCCCUGCCCUUCGGGCGCAAGCGGCGCGCCAGCAUGUACACGAGCAGCAGCCGCAGCAUCUACACGUUCCACGACGACGCGCUGGACGGUGCGCCGCCCGCGCACAACGGGUACUACGCGCUGCGCAACAACCCCGCCCAGGCAGCGGCGGCGGCGGCGACGAGCCGCAAACGGCCCCGCGAACAGACACCGGACGAGCAGCAUCCGGGUGUCGCUUCGGCCAAGCGGCCCGGUGGGGGCAGUAGCGCAGCGGACAGCGCGCCACCCCGCAUCAUGACCCGCUGCAUGUCGUUGCGCUCGGGCCAUGGCCCCCCAACGGCGAUGGGAAAUGCCGAAUCGUCGGCGAUGGCCGCUGCCGCCGGCAGCAGCGAGAUGGAGGAAAUAAGUCCACGGGUCACGCGCGGUAUGCUGCGCCUGCUGGAGGACCACGAGGCCCCGAAGCCCCCGUCCCGGGGCACCUCCGCCGAACCGCCGCCCGGGACGCUGAACGGCGGCACGUGUGCCGGGAGGCCUGGUAGAAGGCUAUCGACCGUCACUACGACCACGGCGCAGCCGGGCGACGAACCGCACGCCGAGCGGGCGCAAGAGUGGAACAGAGGCAGCCGGCGCAAGCAGAAGCUGCAGGUGGCGCGCUACGGGCGGAAAAAGGAGCCCCCCCGGGAGGGUGCGGCCGACGACGAGGAAGAGCACGACGACGAGGACGACGACGAGGAGGGGGAGGAGGAUGAGGAAGAGCACCGUGUAGAGGAGAAGGGUGCGCUGCUGAAACGGCUGCAGCAGGAGGAAGUGGGGCCGCCGGUCGCCCGUUCCAUCACCACCACCGCCACUGCCAGCAAUCGUACCCGCAAGCAGCUCUCGCCGACAAAGCGGACGCGCGGUGCCCGGGAGGUCACGCUCAACGGAAGGCAGGUGGGCGGGCAGGCCAGCGAAAGGAGAAGGUACGAUUUCGGCGAGCAAGACCAGCACGGUGAUGAAGGGCAAGAGGACGAGGAGGACGACGAGGAGGAGGACGACGACGAGGAGGACGAGGAGGACGACGUAAUAUGGCAACAUCCGGCAAAAAAUGGCAACAGAAGCGGCAGCAGCAACAGCAACCUGCCCACCAGCAGCAGCUCGGCCAGCACCUUUCUGCCGCGGGACGGAGCCGGCCCCGACGGCGGCAGCCCCGGCGUAAUCGUCCUGUCCAGCUCGUCCGCGUCAUCCUCCUCCAGCUCGUCCGCGUCGUCCGUGUCGUCCGUGUCGUCGGUGUCGUCCGCUCGCCACAAGGCGACGCACGCCGCCGCGACGAAUCAGCAUCGGCUGAAGCUGAAGCUGCGCAUGAAACCCGUCUCGACCACCACCGGCGGAGAGGAGGAGGACGAGGAGGCGGAGGACGAGGAGGAGCACCGGGACCGGUUGCGGCAGCAGUGGCGCACGGGCGGCGUGUCCUUGGCGCAGUCCAAAUUUACGUCCCACAGUCGCCCGGACGCAGCUGGGGCGCGCAAGGGCAGCCGGCGGGACGACGGGCAGUCCACCUCGGUCGGCAGCACGACGCACGGUCGGGGGGACGAAGCGGAGCACGGCAGAACGCCCGUGACGACCGUUUCGGACGAGGACGACGAGGACGACAUCAUACUGGCGAAGAUACUGCAGUGUGGCAAGCAACAGCAGCAGCAGCAACAGCAGCAGCAACAGCAGCAGCAGCAGCAGCAGCAGCAGCAGCAGCAGCAACAGCGAAGCGGCACGUUUCGGCACCGGGAGCAGGCGGCGACACAGCAGCACGCGUCCAGCAGCAUCAGCAGCAUGGCGAUCAGUUCCUCCACCUCGUCGGCCAAGGACGGUGAGGCGACGAGCAGCAGCAGCAGCAGCAGCAGUGCCAAGCGGUCGCCGUCGUCCACCGCGUCCUCCUCCACGCUGCCGGCGGGCGAACCGCUGAUGAGGACGCCGGAGCGCCGGCUGAAGCUGACGCUGCGCAUGAAGCGCAGCCCGGUGAUAGACGAAAUCAUCGAGUCGGGCAACAGCAUGAGCGAUGCGGACAACGGGGGCAGCCCGGGUGCGUUUCGGCGCGAGUACGAGAUACUGCGCAUGGAGGGUUUGCGCGAGCACGACGACGAGGAGGAGGAGGCGGAGGGAGCGCCGGACCGUCCGUACGGGAGGUGUCGCGGCGGCGGUUUGCCGGCCCGCCGCUCCCUCACGUACGACUCGUCGGCAAGCAGCAGCACCACGCACGGCGGCAAAGCGAAGGGCCGGCGGCGGGACGGCUCGCCGGCCGGCACCGAACCGCCGCCCCCGUUCCUUGCCCUCCCGAAGGACGACAAUGGCGGGCAGGGGGAGGAAGAGGAUGAGGAGGUGGGCGAGGAGGACGACGAAGACCUGACGUCGUACAGCAGCAGCUGCAGCAGCUUGGUGUCGCAGAAGCGGAAAAAGCGCCACAAAGCGUCCAAGGAAGCGCGCCGGCUGCGCAAGGAGGCGAAGCGGCAGCGCCGCCAGCAGCAGCUGCUGUACGAAACGGUGUGCGCGGCGGAGCAGCGGCAUGGCGCGAACGAACAGCUGAAAUCAAAGUAUUACGCCACCUACGCGGCACCAGCAGCACCGGCAGCGCUGCAUGACGAAAAGGUCGGUGGACAGGGGGAGAGCAGUGUGGUAGUUGCUGCAGGAGCAGCAGUAGCAGCAGCACCACCACCACCACCACCACCCCCUGCCAGCUCUUCCACGGUGACGCACGAGCUGCCACCGGCUGCCUCACACCAGCGCGCACAUCCUCCUCCGCCUCCACCACCACCACCACCUCCUGUGCUCCCAGCGCAUCAAAACAGCUACUCGCAUCCGCAUCACCACCAUCACCACCAGCACCACCAUCCCCAUCAUCAUCAAACUCAUCAGUCUGUGAUACUGCAGCCGACCGCACUGAGCGGGAUGCGCACGGAAGCGACCGGUGGCGGCGGCGGCGGCGGCCGGGACGACUGGUACGAGAUGGGUCGCCCGAACAUCCGGUGGCCGCACCUGAUGAAUCCCUCAGCGACCGGUGGCGGUGCAAUGUACGGCGACACGGUGAGCAGUGCCGCCGCCACGGCCCCGCCCAGCGAGGGCAUCGGGAACAGCGGUAUCGGGCUGCCGAUGAAGCGGCUCCGGCUAAUCUUCGGCAACGAGACGCACACGCGCGACAUUCCUGCGGUCGAGGCGGCGCCGAGCGGCAACACCGGCCCCAGUACCGCCACCAUCGCCACCCCCAGCCCGACUGCUACCGACGAGGGGACGGUGGUGGUGCUGUCCGAGGCGCUUGCCGCCGCCAGCUCCUCGUCGACGCUCGCUGCCUCGCCGGUUCGCUCCCCCGGGCGGAGCGUGCUGCGGAACGGUGGCGAGCACACAUCGACCACCCACGGCAAGCUCCACCCGUGCCCCGUGUCGUCCAACGUGAUCGUGAGCAACACGCCGGGCGUGAUCGUGAGCCCAACGCGACCGCCGCCGCACCAGACAUCCCCGACGGUGCUACGAAGUAAUGGGAGCGAUGGCGUCAUCAACAGCACGACCGGUUGCGAUGUCGGUGGCGCUGGCGGACACCUUGGGCUGCUGCAGCGUCCCCAGCAGCCCGCGCACCAUCCACCCUCGGCUGGUGCGGGCGGAGGGGGCGGUGGCGGUGGCGGUGGUAGCAAUGGGUUGUUGCUGCACGCGCAAUACCACCUUCAGCCACCACCGUCAUCGACCAUGCCCACCGAGGUACCGUGCGGCGGUGGGGCCGUCUACCCGCCCGUCUCGGGCGGAGACCUUCAGCUCGGCAGCAGUGCCGGCGGGCUGCAAACUACCAGAUUCCUUCUUCUCUCGUUCCCGCCGACGCUCGAUGUGCAACCGUGCUCGGGCAAUGGCACCAGCUGGUAGGUGGUUGGGGGUGGGAGAAACAUGCAGAUGAAGGAUGAUGCUGUUUACCAUCGCGUGAUUAGUAUCGUUAGCAUUACACAAUCAUUAACGCGCGUCCGGCGGGAACUGCGCGACGCAGCACAAGUGCAGAGGUACCGCGAUCCAACAGCUCCGAAGCUCCACUGUAGACGCUGGUCCACGACCUCGGCCACGACCAAAUCGAGAAUCGCCUUCCGGGCGGGAAGAAGAGGGAGACCGUUUACGUUCGCACCCCUUCUGCCUCUUUCCUUCGAAUGCCAGCUCCAGCUAGGUUCAUGUGUGUCGUCAAGUUAGACGGGAUUUAGUUGGAAGUUAGAACGAAACAGCUCGUCACAUCGUUCAGCUACGCGCGCAAUCUAUUUCAUCAGUAUGUUUUAUUUUAAAUUGUUUUAGCAGCGAGUUACACGCGUCUCACCGAUGGCGCGAUGUCGGUCGGUCGGCAGAGUAGGGAAUAGGCGGUAGGCAAAGAAAUUAAAAACCACCCUCCUCACUUCAUAGCAAGGGAGGAAGAGGCAGGUAAAAGGGCGAAAGUGCACAGUGAGCGACUGUUCCAGCGCACGCGAGGAAGAAGCAUUACUGCAGACUAUAUCUAGGUUACUAUUGGUCUAGUCGACGAUCUCAAAAGAAGAAGAAAAAAAGAAAGAAAAAGAAAACGAAACGUAAGAAACAAACACACACACGCACGCACGCACACACGCGGUUAGGUGUGUUUGUUUGCGUAUUACAGAGCCUGAGGGAUAGAUAGGAGUACAUUUACACUUCAUUUUCGGUGUCUCAAACCAACAAGAGAAAAAAAAAACAGAAAAGAUAAACAAAACAAGAAGAAAACAACGACAACAACCCCCGUUAGUCCAAGCUAGAGAGCUCGAGCUGCAUCGAUGCGUCGCGCAACUGGAUCGCACCAAACUGUGGGGCAGGAAAGAUGUAUUAGUUUCUAUGGUAGGGCGUACAAUCGCCUUUUUGUUGUCCUGGGUACAUCCUAUGUUGUGAUGUUUCUCGCCAGGAUUUUUUUUCUAGAGCAGAUUUUUUUGGUUAUUUAAUUUGUUCGUUUAGCUGAUGAUUUGGUACUGUACGGAAUCUGCAUGAUCUUUUCUUUAACCAGUUUAACUAAAGAAAGUUAAACGCAUGUAAAAUGCGUUUCUUGGAAAAAAAAAUCUUGGAAAAUUUUGGAAAUUUUCUUGGAAAAAAAAAAUCUUGGCUUAUCUGGCUGUAUCAACACAAGCAACACGCGUGCGGUUAGAGUUGAAUGAUUAGAAAAUGAAUUAGAAUUGUAUUCGAAGAACAGAAAAGCAGAAAAGCAACAGCAAGGAUUCAAUUUGUUUAUUUUUGAGUAAAACUACCUCAAACAAUCCUUUCCUUCGAUGGUUCGGCCACGUUUGAGGAUGCAAGAAUUCCAGUGGCGUGUCGCAGCUCAAGAAGCGUUAGCCAACCGUUUAGAUGAAUUAUUCAGCCUGCCAAUGUUUUUUUUUUUCUUUCAUAUGUUAUGUUGUGCAACAUUUAGAAUGUUUUUUUGUAUAGUUAAAACCGAUCGUUUGCAACACGCAGGGCUAAAUCGGAACAUUGUAACUUCCCUUUCCGGAGAUUCGAAAAACGCAGCAAGCGAUCCAGAAGCGUUGCAUUGACUGUAUGUGCGUGUGUGUGUGUGUGUGGGUGUAUGUGUGUGUGCGGGUGGCACACACCGUACACACAGGUUCAAUAGUGUCAGUAAGCAGCACGAUACUUACACUACUGUGCAUUUAGAUGUUGAACACACGUAAUGAGCUGAACCGCGGUUGGUCAGCUGCGCUACUAAUCAUUCUGAAGUGAAUAUGAAAACAAGAAGAAAAAGAAAACUGAAAACAAACAAACAAACAAACAUGUGUACACGCUAUACCAAACGGUCAACGCGUAUAGCCUCUCGUUCAGCUCCGCUACAUUAGCCAGAGCGCCGAUUGUUCUUAUGAUUUAUUUUUUAACGUAAGCUUAAACUCCAUAUUUCCAUAUACGCCCUAGAAAAUGUUGUCACGAGAAAGCCGAAGAGAGAUAGAAAUAGAGAGAGAGAGAGAUGGAGAGAGAGGGAAAGAAAGAGAUAUAGAAGGAAAGAAAGAGACAGAGAGAGAGAGAGAGAGAUCGUUUGUUUCGAAAUGUUUUUUUUUUUGUUUUGUUUUUAAUAUAACAGAGUCUUUAGCUAACGAUGGCCGCGCGAGGAGCCACAAGCGCUAGACGAUGAACCCGCCUCUCGGUAUAGAGAAAUGUGUAGUAGCAUGCGGCGAGGUUCGCCUGUUUUGUGAAGUAAAGUAAGUGUGAUGUAAACUCAAGCAAACGGAAAAUUUUCUAAUGUAUGCGUUCGUUCGUUUCACGUAACUGUAUGUCACAUACACUCUCUGGUGCGCUCCAACGUAUCGCGCCGGCCCUUCAUCCGCAUCCUGCAUCCGGGGUGUUUUUUUUUUUUUGGUGGGGAAAUUGUCUAGCGGUUGUUUAGCGCAGCGAACGAGGAAAAAAACUGAAGCAACAGCCGGAAAGAUUAAAUCCCCCGAAAGAAAAAAAAAAUACAGAUGAGAUGAUUUACACUACUAAGAGGGACAGAUUGCUAACCCCUGCCAAACUGGGGCAAGAGUUGGGCGAUGUAAUACGGCAUAAUAAUUGUACGAUACUGCAGUGUAAUUUAGAUGUAAUAAGCUCGUAGACUGACUGGAGUCGGAUGAAUAAAACGGUCUCAUCACGUACUGCCAUUUCAUACUGCUGUUUCUCGCGCUCUCUUUAUCUCUCUCUCUCUUUCCCUCUCUCUCUUUCUUUUAUAUCUACAUAUGAUUGCCUUUCCUUUCAUAGUUUCUUCCUCUUCUCCUCCUUGAGAUUCGUUCACUCUACUCCAAGUCAGGGAGAUAUAUAUAUAUCUUAAGAUGCGCUCUAGUGUGUAAUGUCCGCAUCCGUGCGGAAGGUAGCAAGAUAACUUCGAACAAUUUCGAACAAAACAACCCAUGCCAUGGCAGAUCGAUGUUAAGUUUUAGGGGAGUAGUAAGGGUUUUGCGUGGGAGGCAGAGGUGGGGGAGCGGGAGUAGGGUGCUGAAUCGUACGGUUUGGCACGUUGACAGGGUAGUAGGAACUAGUUCAACUGCGGUGUUGAGCCGUCAAAGGAAGUUAGAGCGAUUGCGCCGGCGCCGGUUUAACGGGAGCAGUACUUCUAGGGACGGAUGUAUUAACUAGCUAGGCAGCGAACGGCAGAGCGAGGUGUAUUAAUGAGGCAUUGAACUGAUACGCUUGAAUGGUGCAGGGGUGUCGAAAAUCACCAAUAAUAUAGCUACGGUUGGAGCAAUUUCCUUUCUGCGCGAUUGAGACGACGAUCCGCGAUUGUUUGCGGAAUCCUUUCGGGGUCUUCUUUUAGUAUUACUGUGCGCGCCCUUCUUCCUGUCCCGAAAAGCUUGCGGAGGAGGAGGAGGAGGAGGAGGAAAAGGCGCAAAAGAUGGCUAGAAACGUAUUCCAAAAAUAUUUCCCUGAAGUAUUUCCCUGUAAGCUCGGCUAGCUAUUAUUCCAGCAGCAGGCUAGACGCGGCACACCAUUGCUCCGCGUUUGUACGCGUCCUUGCUGAUAGACAGCCUAUCGGGAGCGUUCCGUUUCCCUGCUCGUGGCGGCAUUAACACUCCGUGUAUAUUCUUCGACUGACACCUGACGAACAGGUAGAGCUUGCUUGGAGGACAUGAGCAGAUCAUUAGAUUGCGCGUGAUGGAUAGGGCCGACCGAAUGGUGCCCCGUAUGGCGUAGCCGGCAUGCGGGGAGAGUGCGUUGCAAACCCGGAUGUAUGAAACAGCAGCAGCAGCGCAAACUAGCAGCGAGCGAAAGAUGAUUGUGAUAGUCAAAUCGGUGUGCAUGUAGCUUACACAGAGAAGCAUGAAGUGUUGUGAAUACUGCGACUAAAAUUGAAUGUAACGAUUAUAAACCCUAGUUUAGUAUCUAACUUGAAAUACAGCCAAGAAAAGUGUUGAAGCAACAGGAGCAGGGGGAAAAGAUAUUAGCGUUUGAGCGAGAAGUAAAGUGGAACAUAGUGUGCAGCCAGGUAUAGUAAUCAUAGUAAUCGUAAAAAUAAAAACAAAAAAAAAGAUAAUGCUAAUAAAAACCACAUAAAUAGAAAGCAA